AAGUAGGAUCAUGAAGGAAGAGGUGAAGAGAAUUCCUGUAAAAGUGGCACUAUGUUGUUGCCCUCUGGUCUCCAAAGAGAUCAGUGAGGGCUGCCACAUGUGCCUUUCCUUCAUGCCAGGGGAGCCUCAGGUGCUGGUUGGUAAUGACAAAUCCUUUACCUACGAUUUUGUGUUUGACUCCUCCACUGAGCAGGAAGAGGUCUUCAAUACAGCAGUAGCACCACUCAUCAAAGGCGUGUUUAAAGGAUACAAUGCCACUGUUCUGGCCUAUGGGCAGACUGGCUCUGGGAAAACGUACUCAAUGGGAGGUGUGUACACUGCAGAGCAAGAGAAUGAACCAAGAGUUGGGGUUAUCCCUAGGGUAAUACAACUGCUCUUCAAAGAAGUUGAUAAAAAGAGCGACUUUGAAUUUACUCUGAAAGUAUCUUACUUGGAGAUUUACAAUGAAGAAAUUUAUCUUCUGUGUGUAUCUCAAGAGAAAGCCUCUCACAUAAACAUCGAGGAAGAUCCCAAGGAAGGCAUAAAGAUUACAGGCCCCACUGAGAAGCCUGUCUUAAUUGCCUUGGACACUGUUUCCUGUUUGGAGCAGAGCAACAACUGCAGGACUGUCGCCUCCACGGCUAUGAACUCCCAGUCCUCCCGAUCUCAUGCCAUCUUCACAAUCUCCAUAGAGCAAAGAAAGAAAAAUGACAAGAAUAGCAGCUUUCACUCCAAGCUGCAUCUUGUAGACCUUGCUGGAUCAGAAAGACAGAAGAAAACCAAAGCUGAAGAGGAUCAUCUGAAAGAGGGUAUUAAUAUUAACCGAGGCCUCCUAUGCUUGGGAAAUGUAAUCCGUGCUCUUGGAGAUGACAAAAAGGGAGGUUUUGUGCCCUACAGAGAUUCCAAAUUGACUCGACUGUUUCAAGAUUCUCUAGGAGGGAAUAGUCAUACAGUCAUGAUAGCCUGUGUAAGUCCGGCUGAUUCCAAUCUAGAGGAAACAUUAAAUACCCUUCGCUAUGCUGACAGAGCAAGAAAAAUCAAGAACAAAGCUGUUAUUAACAUUGAUCCCCAGACAGCUGAACUUAAUCAGCUUAAGCAACAGGUACAACAGCUGCAGAUUUUGUUGCUGGAAGCCCGUGCAGGUACCCCGCCUGGAUCUGUAAAUGUGGGACCAUUAGAGAAUCUACAAUCCCUGAUAGAGAGGAAUCAGUCCCUGGAAGAGGAGAAUGAAAAAUUAAGUCAUGGUCUGAAUCAGGCAAUUGGUCAGACAGUGCAGAUGUUGGAAAGGAUCAUUUUGACAGAGCAAGAGAAUGAAAAACUGAACAUGAAAUUAGAAGAGCUCAGGAAGCAUGCAGCCUGUAAACUGGAUCUUCAAAAGCUACUGGAGAAAUUGGAAGACCAGGAAUUAAAAGCAAAUGUAGAGGUAAUUCGUAACCUGCAACAAGUGAUUAUCCAGCUAUCGCAUGAAACUGUACCUUGCAUGGCUGCAGCCAUUGGUUCUGCAGUAGAAACAGAAGCUCAAGUGCAAACCAGUCCAGAGACCAGCAUGUCUGCUGAUGCUUUCACCGCCCAACAUGCUCUGCGGCAAGCUCAGAUGUCAAAGCAGCUGACUGAGCUGAACAAAGCCCUAGCAUUGAAAGAGGCCUUGGCCAGGAAGAUGACUCAGAAUGACAGCCAACUACAGCCCAUCCAGUUCCUGUACCAGGAAAACAUAAGAAACCUAGAAUUGGAAGUCAUCAAUCUGCAAAAAAAAAAAGAAGACUUGAUUCUUGAACUUCAGACAGCAAAGAAGGAUAUCAACCAGGCCAAACUGAGUGAGCGCCGUCGAAAACGUCUCCAAGAGCUAGAGAGUCAGAUAGCUGAUUUGAAGAAGAAACUACAUGAAAAGUCUAAGCUUCUGAAGCUGAAGGAAUCCUCAGAGCAUACUGUGACCAAAUUGAACCAGGAGAUAGGGAUGAUGAAGCACCAGCGGGUACAGUUAAUGCAUCAGAUGAAGGAGGAUGCUGAGAAGUUUAGACAGUGGAAGCAACAAAAAGACAAAGAAGUAAUCCAGUUAAAAGAACAGGACCAUAAAAGGCAGUAUGAGCUGCUCAAACUUGAAAGAAACUUCCAGAAGCAGUCCAGUGUGCUCAGGCGUAAAACUGAGGAGGCAGCAACAGCCAACAAGCGUCUCAAGGAUGCUCUCCAAAAGCAACAGGAGGUGGCAGAUAAGUGAAAAGAGACUCAGAGCCGUGGAACGGAAAGCACUACAGCUCGAGUGAGGAAUUGGCUUGGAAAUGAAAUUGAGGUUCUGGUUAGUAUUGAGGAAGCCAAGUGUCAUGUGAAUGACCUCCUUGAAGACAGAAAGAUGCUGGCUCAGGAUCUGGCUCAACUUAAAGCCAAAAAGGAGUCUGAGGAGAAUCCACCUCCUAAACUUCAGAGGCGCACGUUUUCACUUGCGGAAAUGCCUGCUCGCAUUUCAGAGUCAGAGGAUUCUAUCACAAAGCAGAUUGAAAGACUAGAGACUGAAAUCAAACUCAGUGCUCAGAUUGCUGACUUCCAGCAGAAGCUCCUGGAUGCAGAGAGUGAAGACAGGCCAAAAAAAUGCUGGGAGAAUAUUGCUACAAUUCUGGAAGCCAAGUGUGCCCUGAAAUACUUAAUUGGAGAGCUAGUCUCCUCCAAAAUACAGGUCAGCAAGCUUGAAAGCAGCCUGAAACAGAGUGAGGCCAGCUGUGCUGACAUGCAGAAGAUGCUGUAUGAGGAACGAAGUCAUUUUGGUGAGAUGAAGACAGAGCUGCAGGCUGAACUGGUCAGAGUGGAGCAACAGCACCAAGAGAAGGUGCUGUACCUUCUCAGCCAGCUGCAGCAAAGCCAAGUAGCAGAGAAGAAGCUGGAGGAGUCGGUCAGUGGGAAAGAACAACAGCUGCUGCACACGCUGAAGUAUCAGAAUGAGGAGAUUAAGAAGAUGCAAGAAGUAUGCGAGCAAAAUCAGCAGCUUCUCCAGGAGAAUGAAAAAGUCAAGCAGAAAUUGAACCUCCUCCAGGCAGCCAACAGGCAGAAACUUCGUCUUGCUGAGGGUAUCCCUCUCUCUCCAGACUCUUCCUUUGAAUAUGUCCCACCUAAGCCAAAACCUUCUCGUGUUAAAGUAAAAUUCCUGGAGCAAAGCAUGGACAUAAAGGAUCUAAAAUAUCAUUCCGACCAUUCUGUGAGUGAGGAUGAUGAUGGCCACGGAGAUGAUGGGGACGAUGAGGAAUGGAAGCCAUCAAAAUUAAUUAAAGUGUCCAGAAAGAACACCCAAGGAUGUUCCUGCAAGGGCUGGUGUCAGAACAAACAGUGCAGGUACAGGAAGCAGAAGUUGGAUUGCGGUGUGGCCUGCAGUUGCAACUCCACAAAGUGUCGGAACCGCCAGCCAGGCCAGGAUAGUUUGGGCACUGUUGAGUGGACUCAGGAUUCUGACAGCUCCUUCAAACUGGAAGACCCCACAGAAGUGACCCCAGGAUUGAGGUUCUUCAACCCUGUCCGUGCCACUCCCAAGAGCAGGAUCCUGAAAGAGAUGUAUGAUAGGGAGCAGGUGCUAUCAAAGAAGACUGCUCCAGCCCUCUCUUCCUUUGACCUCCCAAGACCCAAAUAUGUAACAGCAGAAUACCAAGAAAAGGCUCUAGGGAAGAAAAAGAAGCGUGCACUGGCCAGCAAUACCACCUGCUUCUCUAGCUGCUCCUCUAUGGAAGAAGAGACUCACUGAGUGAGAGUUGUUGUCGGUACCCCCCUAGCCUGCCUCAGGAGACACACUCAGGUUGCAGACAGGGGCAGGUUUUGAAUGACUCCUCUGGAUAUCAAGUGUCUUGCUGUUGAGCAGACAGAGUGUUAUUGAAAGGAAGGGGACCUUCACUG